AUGGCUUCUAUAUCAGUAUUGAGUCCGGAACGACGUAUUGAGUUGAAUCCGUUUGACACGGACGCUUGGAAUAUCUUGAUUCGUGAGACACAGGUGAGUAAAGUAUUUGUAAUAUAAUAGUAGAGUAGCAUUUUAAAGUUGUUUUACAUAGUCUGACUAUGUAUUUUCAGGCUCGUGCUAUUGAUCAAGCUCGAAUAUUUUACGAAAAACUUGUUUUACAAUUUCCGAAUUGUGGAAAAUAUUGGAAGAUCUAUAUUGAGCAUGAACUUCGAUCCAAGAACUUUGAGAAUGUUGAAGGAGUACGUUUGAAUAUUUGUUAUUAGUUUUUGUGUGCUUUUAAGGUAAUUUUUUGUUUAAUUAUGAUUAUUUUCAGUUAUUUAAACGAUCUCUUGUAAACGUACUGAAUAUUGAUCUCUGGAAGUGCUACUUGUUCUACCUGAAGGAGACAAAAGGUCAUCUACCUGAAUUUCGGUAAGUUUAAGCCUAUUUAGAAACUUAUAGUAUAUUACUUUGAAUUUGCAAAAGAUUUUUAACUUUGGUAAAGCUUGGGGCUGCUUGAUAUUAAUCCCUAAAAAUUUUAUGUUUUGGCGUUACUUACGGUGAAUAUUUCAGAGAGAACAUGGCGAAGGCGUACGAUUUUGCACUUGAUAAUGUUGGGUUAGAUGUUAAUUCAUAUUCAAUUUACAAUGAUUAUAUUACGUUUUUAAAGACAGUGUAAGUUCUACUUUUUCUUUUUUCUUAGUUUAGGUAUAUUUUAUGCAAAGCGGAGAAGUAUAUUUAAUGGUUUUGUUAAUAUAUUUAACUAAGAUUUGCAUUUCAGGCCAGCUGUUGGACAAUACGCGGAGAAUCAAAGAAUAUCAGCGAUUAGAAAGGUGUUUCAACGUGGUGUUGUCACUCCAAUGUUACACAUCGACAGUUUAUGGAACGAAUAUUGUACAUACGAAAGGGUAUGUUUUCAAAUGGGUUACUUUUAUUGAAAAAUUUGAUUUACAAUUAAAAACCUUAAUAUUUUUUGUAAAUCCAACCUUUUUUGACAAAAUUUAUUAAGUUUAGGGCAUAAACGCAACAUUGGCUGAGAAGCUGAUUACCGACAAGAAUAAAGAUCACCAAAAUGCACGAAGAGUAACAAGAUUGAUGGAACAAUACACUAGAGGUCUGAAUAGGAAUGCCGUUAGUGUACCACCUAGAGGUACUGGGGCAGAGUUGAAGCAAGUAGAAUUGUGGAGGAAAUAUAUUCACUGGGAGAAGAGCAAUCCAUUAAACUUGGAAGAAUACUCUAAUUACUCAAGAAGAGGUUGGUUCUUUUCUUUUUUUGCUGAGUUUUUUAAAUUUAGAAACACAUUUAUUUUUUACCUAAAUUUUAAUUUUUUUUGUUGUUGCAUACUAAAUCAUAUUUCAUUGUGUUUGACACCAUAAAAUAUUAAAACAAACUGAUAAGUGAAAUAUUUUAGUGAUUUACGCGUACGAUCAAGCAUUGUUAGCGUUGGGAUACCUUCCUGAUAUUUGGUAUGAGUCGGCUCACUUUCAACAACAAGCUGCCAAGCACUUGAAGGACAAAGCUGAUGUGACUAAUGCCAAUAGUAUCUUGACUGGUGUUGUUCAACUUUAUGAGAAAGCGAUUGGAGGGUUAAUGAAGGACAGUCAGCUUCUCUACUUCUCUUUUGCUGACUUUGAGGAAGAAAGAAACAGCUUCGAGGAGGCGAAGAAGAUCUACCAUAGGUUGUUGGACAGGAGGGAGGUCAAUCCUACUUUGGUAAGGAUUUUGUUGUUUUGUGUUAUAAAACUGUAUCUAAAGUUUACAUUCUACUAUGGCAUAUUAACUUUUACAGUUAUUUGUUUAAUUUAUAGUAUUUUUGAUUGAAGACUUGACUUUUUAGGCCUACAUUCAGCUUAUGAAGUUUACCAGAAGAACGGAAGGUGUAAAGCAAGCUCGCGUCAUAUUCAAACAAGCUAGAGAAGAUCCCAAGUCAUCUUAUCACGUGUUUGUGGCUGCGGCACUAAUGGAAUAUUAUUGUAGUAAAGAUACCGCUGUAGCCAUGAGGAUCUUUGAUCUUGGGCUGAAGAAGUUUGGCGACGAUCCCCUUUAUUGUUUAGCUUACACAGACUUCUUGUCGCAUUUGAAUGGUUGGUUUUUGUAAUUUUUUUGUUUACAAUAUUUUUUUGUUAGAAUUAAAGAUAGUUAAGGUUUAUAUGUGAAUGUCUAUUUUAAAUAAUUCUAGAGGACAAUAACACUAGAGUCGUGUUUGAGAGGAUAUUAAGCAAGACUGACGGCAAAUUGGCUUCAGAGAAUUCGAUGUAAGUUUUAACUUGUUUAUAUGAUAAAAAUGUGACUUUUAUCAUGUGUAACGACACUUCUAUUGUUACUUUGUUUUUCAGUGAAAUAUGGGAUCAGUAUUUGGAUUUUGAGUCUCAAGUUGGAGAUUUGGCUAGUGUGUUGAAGGUGGACACGAGGAGACGUGAAGCCAUGAAGGAUCAGUACGAAGACAAACAGGCAAUACUAUUGGUAGACCGAUACAAAUUUCUAAAUCUCACACCGUGCACAUCAGAUCAGCUUAAGUUUAUGGGUUAUAGUGUAAGUAAAGAGGUUUUUAUGUAUUAAUGAGCCUACUUAUAAAUUUAGGUAACAAAAUUAUUUUAUACCACGUAAAAUUUUGAAAUAAAUUUAGAAAGGAUCGAAACAAUCGCUAACCUUCCAAAAUGGCCUGCCUGGAGGAUCAACGUCUCAACCGUCAACUUCGAAUUCAAAAGUACUUGAGAUAGGGGGAUUCCCGAUGCCAGACACGGAACAGAUGUUACCUUUUAAGCCUAUAGCACCAGGGGCAGUAUCUUCACAUCCAGUUCAAGGAGGAACAUUCCCAGCACCACCAGCAGCCGCGAUGCUACUUCAGAUGCUCCCUCCACCUUGGUGUUUCGAAGGGCCGUUUGUUAACCUUGACUUCUUAAUGGAUUCAUUGGCUAAGUUCAACAAAGAAUGUAAGUUUAAUUGUUAUUAAUUCUGUAUUUAUAUCAAAGUUGGAGUAAGUUGAGCUUCUUUUGUUACUUCAAGUGUUAUUUUUAACUAAUUUUAAGAUAAAAUUUAAAAGCGCUGGUAAAUGAGCGACUCACACAAAACUAGAUAAUAAAAACUUUUAGUGCCAAAAAGUGAUAUGAAGGAUCCUCCACUUGACCCUAACGCGACUUUUGGAGGUGUUAAGGCCGCUGAUAUUAGAAAAGAGUUCUACCAAACACUUUCAACAACAACAGAUCCCGCUGUCGUAGGUUUUCUAACCUUAUUUCAUAGACAUAGCUCAUAGAAUUAUCUUUUAUCUGUAAAGUUAGUCUUCUCACUUACUUUUGUUAACAUUAUUUACUAUGGUAUUUAUAAUCUUCUUAUUUUAGGUACUAGCCCACCCAGAGUACGCACAGAAGAAGAAGAGAGCAUGGGGUGAGGAAGACGAUGACUUUAAUGGCAGUGGCGACAUCUUCAAGAAACGAAUGAACAUGAAAACCGAAGUCUAA